UUUUACGUGCCAUACAUGCUUAAUUCUUUUGCAGCGUCCGCUCUUAAAUGCUACUCGUGCACUGGAUUCACGUGCGGCUAUGGUUUGCUAUCAUUUACCUAUCCCGAGGUAGAAUGUGAGGCGAGAACCGGAAUUUCUGUGCUGGACGCUGUUGCAUCCAUCGUUCCCACUCAGUGCGUGAAAAUCGUCGGAAAGGACGAGCAAGGAAACGGAUUCGUCGCCAGAAACUGCACCCCGUACUCUGGACAGGUCGCCUGCAAUUUGAUAGCUGGCGCACUGGAGAUCGGUAGCGGACAUAAGGAUCUCGAAUGCUACACCUGUACCGAUAACCUGUGCAAUUCGGCGACGCAAUUUACGGGAAUGGCCGUAGUUGGUCUAAUAAUCGCCUGUUUCGCAUUUCUGCUCUAAGCUGAGGGCGGCGAAGGCUCUCGGCCCAUUUUUUUAAGAAUAAAUGUUGCUUUAUUACCAUUAAUUAUAUACCUACCAAAUUUAUUGUAAAGGCGUUACGACUUUAAUUAUUACGCAGAGAAUAUGCGUGAAAUGUAGUGCUCAUAUUUUUAAAACUUUAUUGUAGUUGUAGGUGUUACCAUUUUGUACCUGCUACCUACUGAAGUGUAUAUUGUAAUUCGCUUUUGGCAUUGGACGAGAUGAAAUCAAAAUUUUCUACCACAUUUUUUCUAAUGUCAUACCAAUAAUAGUUGACGCAUUGCUCACACACGCUCAGUUGUAAAAACCCCAUUUCUGUAUUGUAAAUAUAAGUACUUAUUGUAAUAAUAUUGUAAUACUGUAUUUAGUUUAACAGAAGCGGAAACUAUAUUUGUACACUAACUUUCGAAAGUUAUAUUUUUUAUGGUUUUACAUGUUAGUAAUCGACGUUCACGUGUAAAAAUAUGUACAAUUACAUGUCGAACUUGAAAACAAUAAAAGUGUUUAGCGUCGUGA